GAAGAAGAAGCCUGUGGAACCUUGCUGCUGUGUCUGCGGCUCCCCGUCGGAGCGCCUUUACCGAGACACCGGAGGACAACUUGAAAGCAGCCGUUGAAGCUGAAACUCUGCGAGGAAGAUGAGCACCAAACAGGUGACCUGCAGGUAUUUCCUCCAUGGUGUCUGCAGAGAGGGAAGCCGCUGUCUGUUCUCUCACGACCCGAGUAGCAGCAAACCCUCCACCAUCUGCAAGUUCUACCAGAGAGGAGUCUGCGCCUAUGGAGAGCGCUGCAGGUACGAUCACAUCAGACCUUCGUUCAGAGCAGGAGGGGGAGGAGCUUCAGAGGAUGCUGCAGGUGGAGGUGGAGCCGGAGGCAGAGUUGUUAGGGGCGGAGUCAGGAAGGUGGUUCUGAGAGACAGAGUUCUGGGUUCCGAUGGGGUGUUAGGGGGUCCGGUCGAUGCCGUGGGGUCAGAGGUCGCAGCGGCGGCUCCACAAUCAUAUGUGGAUGCCAUCAGGACGGGCCUGGACGCUGCAACACCAGAAGCAGGUCGGUACUGUCUCCAUCUAGAACAGCUCACCUCCACUUUACCUGUCUUACUCCGCUCACCUGUGCUCUUUGUAGCUCCUCCAUCGGUGGGCAGGGCUUAUCAGGACCUCCCCCAGCUGUGUCCGUAUGCGGCUGCCGGACACUGUUACUAUGAUGACAGCUGUCCAUAUCUCCAUGGCGACCUGUGUGAGGUGUGCGGACUACGCGUGCUCCACCCCCACGACCCUGAGCAGAGGAGGAUGCACGAGAAGGUGUGUCUGCUGGCCUUCGAGGCCGACAUGGAAAAGGCAUUUGCUGCUCAGCUCAGCCAGGAUAAGGUGUGUUCCAUCUGCAUGGAGGUGGUGGUGCAGAAGGCCAACCCGUCUGACCGCAGGUUCGGCAUCCUGUCCUCCUGCUGCCACACCUUCUGUCUGGCCUGCAUCCGACAGUGGCGCUGUACCAGGAACUUCUGCAACAAGAUCAUCAAGUCGUGUCCAGAGUGUCGGGUUGUCUCUGAGUUCGUCAUCCCGUCGGUGUACUGGGUGGAGGACCAGGAGGAGAAGGACCAGCUGAUCGACCUGUUCAAGUGUGGAGUCAGUAAAAAGGCCUGUAAGUACUUCGAUCAGGGUCGGGGUUCGUGUCCGUUCGGAGGAAAGUGUCUGUACCUUCACGCCUUCCCAGACGGAACCAGAGCAGAGCCCGACAAGCCGCGGAAACAGCUGAGCUCAGAGGGGAACGUCCGGUUCAUGAACAGCGUCCGGCUUUGGGAUUUCAUCGAGGAGCGUGAGCAGCGGUCGGUCCCACCCCUGCCAUCCCUCGAUGAUGACAUCACGGAGCUCCGGGAGCUCUUCAUGCAGAUGUCGGCGCCAAGCCACGACGACACUGAGACUCCGCCCACUGAGGCUCCGCCCACCGCUGACCAGUAGAGGCCGUGUUAAAACCGCAUUCCAUCAUGUGAUCUGUCGUGUAGAACCAUCCUGUCCACGGUGACGGACUCCAGAUGUGUUGACUUUAUUUAUUGUGUCUGAUCUGUAAUAAAACACAGAUACUGUCUGCCCUCUGGACUCAUCAAUCAGUGUUUGUUUGGAGCCCAGAACCAUUUCAGAGAAAAUCAGCUGUUCAGGUGCUCUGCUGGACCCACAUCCAAUCAGAAGUCUCACAUGAGUAGUGACAUCACAGCAAUUUAAACCAAUGAGGUUAGAGAUCUCUGCAGCUGUGAGAUCUGAUGGUUCUCGGUUCUACAGAGAGGUGGUUUAAUUCCUGACAUGAAAUAUUAAACAGCUGCUCUCAGAUCUGCUGCUCCAGAGGCUCUAAUGAAACCAACAGGGAGUCAGGAGAGGAACCUUCACAGAACUCUGAGGGUUCUUCACAUCCAACAGAUGGUCCGACCAGCUUCAUCACAGCUGACAGGAAGUUAGAUCCAGACUGGAAGUAAAUCACACUUUCAUAAUAAGUUCACAGAUGUUUCUACAAACAUCAGAAUGAUCCACCUGGAGUUAGUUUCAAGAUCUUUGGUUCCUCUUCAGUUAAUUCUGGUAGAACGUGUGUUUCAGUGUUUCUACAGUUUAUCCACAGUGACGAACGUCUGAGAGCAGAUCCAACACUAAAGGUUCAUCCUGCAGAACCCAGCUGGACACUAGUCUUCAUGAAGGAUUCAUUUCUGUUCCACUGAGAAGUAAUCUGAUUACUGUGAGGGGUUGCUGUUUUGAACCAUGAAGUGAUCUCAUCAGUAGAACCUGUGAAUGUUCCUCCUUUAGUUUGUCUUUGUUGCUUUUAUGUCUGAAAUAGUUUCACUGUUUGAACUGAUGAUGACCCAAAGAAUCAACAAACUGUAUUUUAAACUCUGUGGAAACAUUAAAGAAACUCACUUUAAAUUCA